AUGGCGACCGAGGCUUUCGAGGGAUCUACCCAUCUCGGCCUCUUGGUACACGGUGGCUCGCGGCCGUCGCCGAAGGCUCAAGGAGGUGGUCAUGCCGGUGCAGAGGCGUGUGCCGCCGCCGCGAGAGCCGGUGCGAGAACCGCGCUGGUAACCCCCAAGAUCGAAAACCUCGGCACUUGUUCCUGCAAUCCCUCCUUUGGCGGCGUUGGCAAAGGCAUCAUACUACGUGAGAUCGAUGCCCUUGAUGGAGUGGCUGGCAGGAUCAUCGACAAGGCCGGCGUCCAGUUCAAGGUCCUCAAUCGGCCCAAGGGUCGGGCAGGCCCCCGCGCGCAAAUCGAUCGAAAACUCUACCAGAAGCACAUGAGGGAGGAGCUCGAAACGUAUCCGAAUCUGUCCAUUGUUCUAGGCAGCGUAUCCGACAUUGUUACGGAUGCCAACACCGACACAACGGACCCUGCGCCGAGCAGAAUCACCGGCGUGCGCCUUGAGUCCGGCGAGAUCCUUCCUACAACCCAAGUCAUUAUCACGACCGGCACGUUUCUCAGUGGCGAGAUCCACAUUGGCAUGAAAUGUUACCCGGCGGGGCGCAUAGGCGAGGACGCUUCAUUCGGACUGAGCAAGUCCCUGAAAGACGCCGGCUUUAGCCUCGGAAGACUCAAGACGGGCACGCCGCCGCGCAUAGCGAAGGACAGUAUCGACUACUCCAUGUUGGAACAACAACCUGGAGACGACCCGCCGCUGCCAUUCAGCUUUAUGAACGACCGGGUCGCCGUAGAAGACCAGAUGCUAUGUCAUAUAACACAUACCAACGAGACAACACAUGGAAUCGUCCGAGACAACUUGGACAAGACUAUCCACAUUCGAGAAACGAUCAAGGGCCCAAGGUAUUGCCCGUCAUUGGAGGCCAAAAUCGUCCGGUUCUCCGACAAGGAUAGACACAUUGUCUGGCUGGAACCAGAAGGCUUCGACAGCGAUGUAAUAUACCCCAACGGCUUAUCCAUGACCGUUCCUCCCGAAGCUCAGGAGCAGAUUCUGCGUUCCAUCCGAGGCCUGGAGCGGUCUGUAAUGACACAGCCGGGUUACGGCGUCGAGUACGACUACAUCGACCCGCGAAGCUUGAAGUCGACAUUGGAAACGAAGAACAUCAGCGGCCUAUACCUGGCAGGCCAGAUCAACGGCACCACAGGUUACGAGGAGGCUGCUGGCCAGGGGAUCGUGGCAGGCAUCAAUGCCGGCCGAGCCGCUCAGGGUCUCUCGCCCGCCUCUAUCGCCAGAGCGGACGGCUACAUCGGCGUAAUGAUCGACGACCUCAUCACCAAAGGCGUCACGGAGCCAUACAGAAUGUUCACAACCAGAAGCGAAUACAGGUUGACGUCAAGAGCUGACAACGCCGACCUACGGUUGACGGAACAAGGGCGAGGAUGGGGAGUCGUGACAAACAAGCGCUGGAGCGUCUUCUGCGACGAGAAGCGACAAAUAGACGAGCUGAUGGCGCUCCUCAUGGCGACAUCCAAGGCCCCAGCCGAAUGGAUCAGUGCGGGCUUUUCUUUCAGCAACCUGUCGGAGCGCCGCGAUGCUACGGACAUGCUUCGACUGCGCAACGUGACCAUGGAUCAGGUUGCCGCCAUGAUACCUGGCGCCGACGGCUACCCUGAACGCAUCAAGUCCAGAGUCCACACCGAGGCAACGUACGCGCCCUUCAUCCAGAGAUCUCUCGCCCAGCGCCAGGUUUUCGCCCGGGACGAGAAAAUCAUGCUGCCACGCUCGAUGAACUACGACGAGGUCCCAGGUCUAGCCAUGGCCGAAAAGACCGUUCUCAAUGCCACCAGACCCGAGACGCUGGCUCAAGCGAGGAGGUUGGAAGGUAUAACUCCAUCGGGGUGCCUCCGCUUGCUCGCACACAUCAAGAGUCAGAACCGCAGUUAUCGCGCAGCAAAGUCGGCGGAGAAAGCAGUGCUCUGGAGGUCAAAGAUUCAGGAGGAAAGCACCGACGGCGCCUCUCGGCUGCCAUGA